AUGGAUGCUGCUAGUACCAACACUAGCGGACAGCGAGCUUUUCUGCGCACAUGUAGCAAGACGAUAUCUCCGCCCAAAAACCUCAAGCACGAGACUGAGGAAGUCCAUGAUGGUCCGAGAAAGAGGCGACGCCAUGCAGCCGAUCUUGACAACGAAACCUCCACCAAGACAGAUAAUUUCUACUCUCCAGUCAACCACGCUUUCUAUGCUGAGCACCCAUAUCGAUCUCUCGACGCGUCCAAACGCGGCAUUCGCCUACUCAAAGUUUCAAGGAACGCCAUGACGGGGGAGCGAAACUUCACAUUAACGGAGGAGAUACCGCUGGCCGUGGCACGGGACACAUAUACGGCAAUCUCAUACUGCGCUGGAGACCCAAAGGAUACUCGAAAACUCCUUGUCAAUGGUCUUGAAUUUAACGCUUUUGCCAGUCUUGCUCGAGCGAUCGACGAAACAUGCCACUACUGUGAGGUGGAGCAUGACGAAGCACACCCGGUACUCUGGACAGACCAGAUUUGUAUCAACCAGAGCAAUCUGGCUGAGAGAUCGCAUCAAGUCAGUAUGAUGUACGACGUGUAUGAGAAUGCUCGAGCAGUGGCUAUCUGUUUGUCUACCUCCGACACUGGGAACACAGAAAGUCCAGCCAUCCGUUGGCUGAAGGAUAUACACAACCAUAUCCCUGCUCUACUGGAAUUUGAGGAGGAUGUCGAAAGUAGUGCCUGGCCACUAAAAUGGAAUCCUGACGUCCCGGAGAACAAGUUCGAAUCUAAUCUUGAAGAAAACGCACCUGGCCAUGAAAUUUUCAGAGAAUUUACUCAGCUCUUCCGCUCCAAAGCCAACGAUAGAGAGUUCAGUAGAGGUCAACUAGGUUUCUUCGACCUCUUACAAGCGCGAUGGUGGUCGAGAGCGUGGGUUGUACAGGAAUUUGUCGCCUGCCGCAACGCAACCUUCAUUACUGGUUACGAACACACACCUUGGAUGUCACUUGCGACUGUUGUUUCGGCACUUGCUGCUCUGCAAUUCGCCACGUCCCCGAAGUCAUGGUCACUGUACUCUCCAUCGACUUCAGUAGAUGGCGCCAAACGCGAAUUCAAGCUGCUGGACUCUGAGGUUGUAGCUUCUAGUACGAUCAGUUUGAAAAUGUGCAGCAAUCCUGGCCAACCUAAGUCUACCCUUGGGAGCAUGCUUCAUCUCCUGGACCCGAAACGCCGGGCAGCUAGCGAUCCACGGGACUUGGUGUAA